CCCAAAGGUGAGUGCGUCAAAAAAAUCCGCCAACCGUAGCGGCAAUUGUGUUCGCUGCCUGCCGCUGGCUGGAUCGGUUCCGCCAUCUGAUGAUGCCUCUUUCAGAAUAAUCGAGAAAUGACCUCCUUUUGCAAUGUUAUGCAAAGCUUGGACCAAGUUUCGAAAUUACAGGUGCACGUGAUGAUGACGGAAGCCGCAAUGGAAGUGAUGUUUGAUAGUGAACAUCAACUGACUUAAUUCGUGCGCAUUGCCAAUCAAACGGCCCCCAUUUUUUACGCCAUCUUGAAGCUUUAAUCACUCCUGUUGCAUCCCCACAUUGCGCGACUGGCAAACCCAAACUCAGUAUUGUCAGUGUAAAACAAAUCGCUCGAAAUUUACAAGGAGUUGCAGCCUGGGAUUUAGCACCCGUUGGGGGGAAAUUUGUUGAGUUUAAAAUGGAAUUCGGGAAGCGAUUCUCUCAUGGAGCUAUGCUGCUUGUGGUUGUGUCUUGCCUUUCUGUUGAAGCGGGCAUGACUGGUGUUGCACCUAACGCGACCACUCCCCGGGCAACUAACGUAACUACGUCGCCUGCUGCUAACGUAACCACCCCAACUCCGACUACCAACGUAACCACCCCUACUCCGACUACCAACGUAACCACGCCUUUGCCGACCUUCAACGUAACCACGCCUUCGCCGACUUCCAACGUAACCACGCCUUCGCCAACUUCCAACGUAACCACGCCUUCGCCAACUUCCAACGUAACCACGCCCAGGGCAACAACGACUCCGCAAUGGGUUGGUAACUGGUCCGUCAAAGACGCCCACGGAGCAAUCUGCAUGUGGAUGUCGUUCGGGGCAAACCUGAGCAUAACAUAUUUGACGGACAAUGGCACGGAACGAACCAAGGUCUUUGAGUUGGACCCUGCCUUGCUCAGACUCACGAGUAACUGCAACUCGUCAUCCACUCGCAUGCUGAACAUCACCAUCAACAUGGGCCCUGGUUGGGCCAUCUCCCUCGCCUUCUACCGUCAAUCUGGCAAAUACUCCAUGACUGAAGUGGGGGCGGCCUGGGUCUAUGACAAUCAUCUCCCCGACGCCAAAAGCAAAGGGUUUACAACCGAGACGAAAAGGGAGAAUAAUUUCUUGGCGCAAAAGGUCGCAUUGGGGAAUUAUUACACUUGCCCAGAUCCCUUGUCGGUGACCCCGGAUGCGGCGACAGUCACUUUGUGGCAUAUUCAGAUGCAACCCUUCGCCGACAAGGCUGGCGGCAAGUUGGGACAAGCUGAAGUGUGUACAUCAGGUCUCAGUGCCGGCAUCAUCGUCGCCAUUGCAGUCGCGGGAGUCAUUGUCCUCAUCGGUGUCAUCGUCGUGGUCGUUUGCGUCGUGCGACGAAAGAGAAAGACGAAGCCUUACAGCGAACUUGAAAACGAAUAAAAUUAAUACCCAAUAAUAAGAAUAAAAUGUGCUCCAAUGCUUAGUUUCAGUUUGCAUAGAUUUAACAGGUUUCUCGGGACUUCGCGUGUUUCCUUUCAAAUUGUAAUCUGAGUUAUGAUAGUGCCUUCAAUUCAAUUCAAUUCAAACUCACAUUAUUACCGAAACCUAAAGAGAAAUAGAAGCAGUUAUUGCAGGAAUGGAAUUGUCGAAAAGGUGUAAGAAGCGAAAAUAUAGAUAUGGAGGUAUCCUCUUGAAGCCUAUAGGCUUGUUACGAAAUGCCUUGGACGGACUAAGACAAAACAGAAACAAGUACAAGUACACACGAACAGUUGGACUAAAACAGAACCCAAGCAUGAAAACGGACAGAUAAAACUAGAAAAGUGCGUAUUGAGAGGAAACAAAUAUUGUUCUAAUACGUAGGUUUCUGUCUUGGUCCAACUGUCCAUGUGUACUUGUUGUUGUUUCUGUUUGUGUUAGUCCGUCCAAGGCAUCUUGCCACAAUGGACCGAUCCAGAAAGCCCCGUUCACUGCGUACUAAAUGAACACCUGCUCCUCAAAUGCCAUGCAUUUUCCUGCCGCGCGCAUCAUACGCGCGUGCACGCAUGUCGGACUUUUGUGCACGCACGUCGGACAUAAAUCACGGCUGUGAUUGGUCAGAACAUCAUGGGGCGGUGCUUACUAGAUCGGUCCAUUAAUUAGCCUAGCUUCUUUGUAAAUAUCCUGCAUGCUUCAUGACAACGACAGCCGAAAAUUUAAUUUGGCACUUGAGCCAAAAGCCACUUAUUCAUUUCCAGACAUGCCCCUUUACAUGUAUAUAGGAACUGGAAAGGCGGGCUGCUUUUUUGUUUGUUUGUUUUAAAGAAACUUUAAAAGUAGUAAUGGGAGUUUGGAAAGUGACUACAGGUAUAUUGCUACCGUACAUAAGCUGGAUAUACAAUUAACUUUUUACUGCAAUAAUUAUGUACAUGCAGAGCACAGGCGAUUGAACUGUUGUUCAUUUGCCCAGUCUGCGGUGAAAUGCUGUACUCUAUUUUUAAUUCAGUCAUUAUUUAGCCAGAAGACAGAUGACGGUAGGAGGGCGGGGCAAUCGUCCCGUCUCAGGAUCACUGUCAAUACUUAUUAAACUUCAUUACUCUGUACAAAGUAAAUAGCUCGAAAUGUAAUGCGGAUGUAGUGCGUAUCAAGUUAGGAGAACUAAACUUAACAAAAUCAACAAAAUCAUGUUAGGAGAACUAAAACGUCUGGAUCAGAAUUGACCCAGAAUUUGAGCCUAUAUCUGCACAGUCCUUUUCCCGGGUCAAAGUUUACAUUUUUUUGGUCAAAAUGACACUUUUUUUCUGGUCAAAAUGACAUUUUUUUCUAUAUAAUUUGGAUCAAGAAAAGUGCCAUUUUGACCCCAAAAAGGACCGUGCGGAUAUAGACUCAGAUCGGGGUCAAUCUGACCCAGGAGUUUUUAGAGAACAUGCUGACAAAAAGAUAGUCAAUUUGCCUUUGAAAUAAUCAAGCUUGGCAAGGCAUUCCGGGUCAGUUUGGUGCAACUUGAAUAUCAGUAAAAAAACAGAACAAAACAAUAUUUCUUGUAGUAUUGCUUAGGUAUAUAGAUGGAAAUCUAGACAAAGCUUAAAAUAAGAUCAUUGUUUUCUUAAUCGCGGAUUGAUAUUCUAGUCUCAAGAAAUAUACUAACAAAUAUUCACUAUAUUUUGAACCAUAACAUACUUGUGUAUAUCCAGAAUUGCAAUUUUAAUUUUUGUAAUACGACCAGGCCCCAUCCACUAACAGUUGCAUUGCAUUCAUCUUUGAAGUGUUUUAUUUUGGUCCAACGCGGGGAUAUGCAGAAGUGGACCUCUUGUGUAUUGUUAAGGAAUUUAAAUAACAAUAGAAUACCCCAAAGAUGGCUUCUGAUAGCAAAUGGUCAGUGGCGUACAGACCUUAUGCAUAUCAGCCAUCUUGGAGGGUAGUGCCUUCAUUUUGCUGGGACGAGUAAACAUUUUGUGCAUUCAUUGUUAUACUGAAUUAAAAUAACAAACGAGGCCCCCUAAGAUGGCCGCUAUACGCAGAAGGUCAAUAGCUAGGCCCUGCGCGUGAGACAUUUGAAUUGAUGUAAUAAAUAUACCCAGAUCACUAAA